CCUAAAUGUGGGUUAUGGAGGGGGUUUGGUCAUGGCUGCUUGGUUGUUUGUCAGCGGCGGCAGUAGAGCAGGAAGCAGAGAGGCGACCGCAGACUGCUGCACACGCAUAGAGAUGACUUCCUAAACAAACAGAUUCUGCUGUCAGACAAGAGGAAGCGAAAAGACAUCCACAUCUUACACGAAGGAGCUCGGGAAGGUGGGAAAUGGAGAAACAGCAGCAUUCGUCGGGUUCAGUGAGUCCGGUGCUGCCACCUGUCCCGCGCAAACCGCGAAACCUCGGAGGAGGCAUCCAUGUAGUCCCCGCACCUCGACGAGACAGCGUGGAUACAUUAGACAGUCCUGGAUCUCAUGUGGAGUGGUGUAAACAGCUGAUAGCGGCCACUAUCUCCAGCCAGAUCUCUGGCGGUGUCCCUACAGAAGCCAUAAGCCGUGAAUGCAAGGUUGGGAAGAAGAUCGAUUUCAGGGUUUCCAAGAGGCCAAACUUGAGGUCUCAGGACUCAGUUGAAGAUGGCUGUCAGUUUGACAGUGACUAUGAACUCCCAUCUCACACUACGCAGAUUUUCAAGGAUGUACGAAGGCAGGCGCCCAUGGAUGAAGUCCCACUGGUCCCUGGAGAGACAAUCAAAACCACUGUUAAAGAUGUGAUGUAUAUCUGUCCUUUCACUGGAGCUGUGACCGGCACACUCACAGUCACAGACUACAAACUCUACUUUGUCAGUCUAGAAUGGAAUGCUCCUUUCAUAUUGGAUGUGAACCUGGGUGCCAUCAGCAGGUUGGAGACUAUCAGUGUACAGAGUCUUGGGGAGAAUACUAGUGGCUUGGAGAUCGUCUGCAAGGACAUGAGGAGUCCAAGGUUUGCUUAUAAAAAGGAAGAACAGAGUAACCUGGAGAUUUUGGAGGUGUUGACCAAGUAUGCAUUCCCCCUGUCCAAUGAGCUGCCUUUAUUCGCCUUCCAAUACAAAGAUCAGUUUCCACAGGAUGGAUGGAAGGUUUAUGAUCCAGUGGCAGAGUAUAAAAGAAUGGGUUUGCCUAAUGAGAGCUGGACCAUCAGUAAGAUCAACAGUAAUUAUGAAGUGUGUGACACUUACCCUGCUCUGCUCGUCACCCCAACCAGUAUUAAGGAGGAUGAGAUCAAACAAGUGGCCUCUUUCAGAGUGAAACGCCGUAUACCAGUCCUCUCAUGGAUCCAUCCAGAAACUCAUGCCACUGUAGUUCGCUGCAGUCAGCCCAUGGUGGGCCCGACAGACCGCCGGUGUAAGGAGGAUGAGCAUUACCUCCAGACCAUCAUGGAUGCCAAUGCACAGUCCCAUAAACUCACCAUUUUUGAUGCUCGACAGAACACCGUGGCUGCUAAUCACAAGGCUAAGGAUGGAGGUUAUGAGAAUGAGAAUUUCUACCCCAACAUGGAGCUGAAUUUCCUGGAGAUCCCAAACAUUCAUGUUAUGAGAGAGUCUCUGCGUAAGCUGAAGGAGGUGGUCUACCCUACCAUUGACGAACCCCACUGGCAUUCCUCCAUAGAUGCCACACACUGGCUGGAGUACAUACGACUUUUGCUUGCGGGUGCGGUGAAGAUUGCAGAUAAGGUUGAGUCGAGUAAGAGCUCUGUGGUGGUACACUGCAGUGACGGCUGGGACCGCACAGCUCAGCUCACCUCUCUGGCCAUGUUGAUGCUGGAUUCAUACUACAGGACUCUCAGGGGCUUCCAGGUGCUGCUGGAGAAGGAAUGGAUCAGCUUCGGACACAAGUUUGCUGCGCGUGUUGGUCAUGGAGAUGAAAAUCAUGCAAGCUCCGAGCGCUCGCCUCUAUUUGUGCAGUUCAUAGACUGUGUUUGGCAAAUGAUGAGACAGUUUCCCGCUGCCUUUGAGUUUAAUGAGCUCUUCCUCAUCACCAUCCUGGAUCACCUCUACAGCUGUCUGUUUGGUACAUUCCUUUACAACAGUGACCAAGAGCGAGUGGAAAAGGAAGUGAACAGUAAAACGGUGUCUUUGUGGUCCUACAUCAAUAGCCAGCCAGAGGACUUCACCAACCCCUUCUAUGUAAACUAUGAAAACCAUGUUCUGUACCCUCUGGCCAGUCUCAGACAUUUGGAGCUCUGGGUAGGAUACUACGUACGCUGGAACCCCCACAUGAGACCACAGAUGCCUGUGCAUCAGAACCUGAAGGAGCUGCUGUAUCUGCGUGCAGAGCUACAGAGGAAGGUGGAGGAGUUACAGAAAGAAGCAUCUUCAUCACGCUCGAUCUCCUCUUCAUCAGAUCAUGCAUAUUCUCCUUCACAUGGUGGUAUACCUCUACACACCUCUGUGUAAAGCACAUACAAUGCUCACAUUAGAGAAUUCGUCAUUAACAGAAAGUGUGGAAGGAAUCUGUAGGUUAGGUCUGUGUUCGUUUCUCUCUGGAUAAUGCCUCAGGCAGGAUAUAUGGAGGCCAAGCACAAAAAUGGGACAGUCUCCCACACAAUUCAGGUUCAUUUUGGUUGUUUGGAAUUGCUCUGGUAGACUUCCUUCUGAUCAGAUAACCAGAAAAGCUUUUGAUUGUGAUUGAGGUUAUGAAAAACAGGCCAGCAUUUUAACUUUCGUUUAACUUGACUUGUAAUUAUUGACACAAGUUUUAAUAAUUUAUUUGUAUGUAGUCAAAAUAAUAUGAGCAUCUUUUUCUGU